AGUUGAUCAUUGGUAUUUCUAAGAGGCAGAGAUGUUUAAAAUUUACUUGUUAGUUAUUUCUUUAACAUGUAUUUUCACACAAGUAAUAUCGACACCGAGUGCCCUGGAGGAGACUCUGCAUCAAACAACAGAAUUUUUUGAGAGCUUAAAAAGAAAUUAUGAAAAAAUUCCACCCACUCCAGAUUUAAUAAAAGAAAUCAAUAUAGAAAUUGCAAGUUACAUGACUGAAUUUAAGAAAUCACAUCCUACUCGUUACAAAAGACAACUCAGUGGAUUUACUGAUCCUGAAAAAGCUGUCAUUGAAAAGUGUAGCGGUUUUGAAGAGUAUUCUAUGUUUAAUUCAACAACUACACUGGACCUGGCAUUCUAUGUCAAAGAGAAUAAUGUGGAGCAACAAUUCCUUGCUGUUUCACUAGAUUCUGCUGGAGUAUCCUUGUUCAUUAUAAGCGGCAUAUCUUUCAUUCAAGUUGCAUCCUAUGCACUACAGGGAGGCAAGAGUAUUGCCGUGGAUAGUACCGAAUCCAGUACUAUAGUAUUAGUAAUAGAAAAAUUCGAUAACACCAUAGUAGUCUUGAAGCUUCUGCAAACUAUGGAAGGGACUGUAUUCUAUUUCGCACAGGAUUUUAAUACUCCAGCUAUAUCUCACUUAACUCUAUGGAGAGGAAUGAAUCAGCUUUUUUUGGGGGUAGCAUCCAGUCAAUAUAUACAUAUAUAUCGUUGGCUUGGAGAGACCUUUGAUCUAAUACAGACUAUACGUUUUGGAGCUGAAACAUUAGUGCCCUUUACAAUGGGAUCUUCUAUGCAUUUAGUGGCAACAGGAUCGCACACUAUUAUAUUACACUUUCUUUUGGGACCAAAUAAAUUUACAAUUGCUCAGAGAUUGCCAGCCACAAAGGAUACUGUAGUGUUUCACUUUGAAGGGAAACAUCUAAAAGAAUACUACUUAGCACUUGCCAAUGAAAAAUCUACAGUUCUUUAUAAACACUCUUUGAACCGUUUUGUACCAUUUCAAGAAAUUGAAGCUGCUGACAGGAUAUUCUCUUUGACUACGCAUGAAACAGCAUUGAUUAUUAGCCAAAGGCAGAAUGAAAUUAAAAUGUACCAGUACGAUGGAUGGAAAUUUGUUGAAUUAGAUGUUACAAUCCUUCAAGUACAAGAGAUACGUACCACGUUCCUUUAUGGAGAACCUUUUUUGGCAAUCCGUUAUACGAAUGGGCUGUGGAAAUUAAACAAGCCUAUUUGGAAGCAACAAAAUACCUGGGAGAAUCUAAGGGAGGAUAUAAAAGCUUGGUGCACUGAGGCAAACAUAAGAGCUCGGCGAAUUCUGAAAGCAGACCUUACAUUGAAAGGCCCUAUUCGAAUACUGAAUGGGCAUAUCAAGCAACUACAUUGCAAAGAUAUUAAACAGAACAAUGUACAACAGCUUUUAGAUCUCACAUAUCAGUACAAAGAAAUUGUAUCUAAAUUAGAUAAUCAAAAGAAAUCGGUGUCAGCUUCUAUGAUGACAAACAAUACUGUGCUUAACACCCUAACUGGAAGAACUGCAAGGAUGAAGUGCAAAUCAUACUGCAAAGCAGAAAGGGUUACUACUGGAGAGACUUUUCAUCAUAUGAGAAAUCUAAGAAAGAUACAGAAUGAUUAUGAACAGAUUAAAUUUCAAACUGUUAGAAUAGGAUCUAUGAAGAAGCUUCAGUGUCCUAUUCCAUCUGUGGACCUUAACGAAAUUACUGUAACUGGAGUGAUUAAUGGGAUACAGUUUUCAUCCCUUGAGGAAGAUGCAUUAUGUGUCACUGGUGAUCAGGAAAUCACUGCUGAACAUGUGUAUGCCACUCUUAAUGUCACUGGAGCAUUAAUCCCAAUAGGAAUAGCGACACAGAUUACAAAUCAGGACAUUCAAACUUCUUCUAUUAAAGUGAAGAACUUGAAUUUAACUCAAGGCGGUAUCUUAUUACCGUUGAAUGGGGAUCCCGCUACAAUAAGUGGUACAAUGACUAUCUCUAAAUUAAGGACUACAUCAUUGAUUGAUAUUAGAGGACAGCUAAAGGGAAAAGGCGCUAGUAAGCUGAAACCUAGGAUUCACAGCGAACCUGGUACAAAGACGUUCACAGGUGAUUAUACUCUACAACGAGUAGAAAUUAUAAAGCGUUUAGAAGCAUCGGAGUUAACCAGAAGUAAAGGAAAAAGUUUAUCUCAAAUUGUAAACGAUGCUGUACUCUUGGAUCAGGAUGUUCCUGUACAUUUAAUACUCUCUAGUGAUAACGUCGUUUGGAGCAAUGUGACUUUAUUGUCUGGGUUACCGUUUGUAACUACUGAUCACCGGGAUUCUAUUGUCAAUAUUACAGGAACUAAAUAUGCUCCAUUCAAUGUUUCUGUAACAGAGUCCAUGUACAAUAAUUUAGCAUUGUCCAAAUUAAAGGGUAAUUUGUGUAGUACAGAAGCGACGAGUAUUGGUAUCGAAACUUACAAUAUAACAAUAGAUCAGCUUAAUACUAAAUCAUUAAAUGCUAAACAUGUUUAUGGAGCACCUAAACUAGAUGAGAUUGUUAGAGAUUCUGUAACUUCAUUUAAUGACACUUCUUUGAAUUUCAAAAAUUUUCUUGGCACCGUUAAAGUCUCUAACGCUUUAGUAUCCUCAAUGGAAUACGUUGAUCUUCAAGGAUUACAAAAAUUUCUUAAUAAGUGGGUUGAACCAGGGAUUCUCAAAGGACCUGUAAAAGCUAAGAAUUUGGUGAUAACAAAUGUUAUUACGAAUGAUGGAUUCAAGAAUCUAUUACCUCAAGAAGUCAACAAAGUUACGUCAAAAAAGAACACCUACGUCGGAACUAUCAAUGGAGUAAAUAUUGUUGAUCUUAUGAGAAAUGUUGUUCGACUGGAUGAUAUAAUAUCCUUGACGAAUAUUACCUUUGAGGGUGGAUUCAUAGUAGAGAAAUUAUACGCUGAUCAUGGGCCAAUUAACUUUUCUCCAAACUAUCAGUCAAUGAAUAAUCUAGGUUCCAAAACUGUAGACAACGUAUUGAAAACAGAGGCAUUAUCCUUGCCUCUAAGUUUCAGUUACCCGAUAGAUGAAAAAUUAACAAGUUAUUUGCUGUAUGGAUCUGCAACGUUUCCUACUGAGCCUACGAUUGAGAAUGUCAAUGGGAAAAAUCUGAAGACCGUGUAUAACGAGAUCUGGCUAAGGACCAGACCAACUAAUGUGACCGCGUCAAACGUUGAAUUUAAGAACGUAACUUUUGAGAAACCAGGAAAAGUUGUCAUACAACAGGAGUUCCUUAAUACUCCACGUUUUGGAUCCUGGAAGAAGAUUUCUAGUCGUAUCUUAAGUAAAACAAAGUCUCAGAAUAUUAAUGUACAAGUUACUAUGAGAAAUGUAGAAAUGCCAAAUCUUGUGGGUUCAAAUUCAACAACACUAUGGGCACCAAAUACGCUACUAGAUGGUAUCGACAAAUAUGCUCUACGAAGAAAUAAUCCACAAAUUGUAACUGGAAGCAUAAGAUUCGAGAAUUUAGAAAUAUUAGGAAAUCUGGAUUUGCGUGGUAAAGUAAAUGGAUUGAAUCUAUCGACCGACGUUGUGAGAUCUGAUGUGAAGCAAAAUGUUAUAACUGGAAACAAAAUAGUUCAGGACAUAUUUUCUGAUAACAUUAAUGGUCUAAAGUUUUCAAAGUGGGCACAAGGUACUUUACGUACCAACAAUUCUGAACAACUGAUUAUUCUGAAUGGUCGUAAGACUUUCAAGACCGUUGAGAUUCAGGACCUACGAGUAUUUGGCACUAUAAUGGGUCGCAAAAUCGAAAAUGCAUUAUUAAAAUCUUCGAACCAGAGGAUCCCUAGUAUAAAUACUAUUCAUGGUAACGUACGAGCACCAGCUCUGAACAUAAAUGGACCUAUAAAUGAUGUUAACUUGACAAAUCUAGUAGAAUAUCAAUUAAAGAAACAGAAAGAUGUACAAAUAAUUAAAACAAGUAUCUCAUUACGAAAUGGCUUAGAAGUUUUGGGCAAUGUCACCAUAGAUGGAUUUUACGAAGGAGUUGAACUGAAGAGUUACAAUAAAUUAUACUCUGGUCUAAAACCUGUAAUCCAUAAAAUGUCAAUAUUGUCAAGUACUGCAGAAGGGAUAAGUCGUGCAUUAAAAAACCGAGCAAGCUACUGGCACAAAUUGGAACUUCUCGAAGAAAAUUCUACACCUCUAAUUCCAGAUAAAUUACCUAAUGAGUCAAUAGAUAUUUCAGGAUUAGAAAAUUGCAAAAAAACGAAUGGAUCUUUGCUUUGCAACAAUGAAGAACUGUAUGGUUUGGUUUUAUUACCAAAUGCUAAAAAAACUUUACUGAGUAAAGUAGUAGUCAUGGCUGGUGAACUCUAUGCAGUACAUGCUGUGUCAGAUGCACAAGACAGCUUGGAGAUUUAUCGUUUUGAUAUUUCCAGUAAAGAACCAUAUCUUGUACUAGGGCUCAGUAUACCUGGCGCGAUUAAAGUAUCCCUGCAAGUGACUUCAGAGUGUCUCUGGUUGGCUAUUCAAUUUCCUUUGGAGAUGAUGAUCCUGCGCUAUGAAACAUGGGGAGAAUAUCAAGAAUACGUUUUGCCUGGUUCGGAUAGCUUCCUGAUGAAAAUUAUACCCACUAACGAAUUGUUAUUAAGUCUGUCAAGUGGAGUAUGGAGAUUGGGAGGAAUUGCAGGACCACGUAAAGUGUUUUCAGGAGAUUUACAUGGAAAGAUAGAAGGAUUCAUAUUUGGUAAUAAUUAUUAUCUGCAAUUGACGCAAGGAAAUACAUCGACGUUACUGCAAUCGCGGUACGUGGGAAAUAAGUAAGAUCAAUGCAGUAAUUAUAUAUAAAGUGUAUAAACGUUAUUUAUUAGAUUGUUAAAAGAGGUACAUAAAUUAUAUAUGUUAAAUUUA